CUCUCUCUCUCUCACACACACACACCCUGUCCCUCUCUCUGAAGUCGAGCAAGAAGUCGGAGGCUCACCAUGGUUUGCUGUUAGUUUGGGUUUGGGUCGGGGCUCUGCAGCAAGGGGAUUUCAUGGUAGAGAGGGAGAGAGAUGGGGGAGAAGCAAUGGCCUUGUACGGGCCACGGCACGAAGGAGCAGCGGCAGAAGACGAAGCCCUAGAGGGAGAGGCAGUGCUAGUGGCAGCUGCUGCCGCAGGAGAGAAGGGCGAAGGAGAGACGGAUGGUGAGAUAGAAAGUGCCAGCGAAGAGGAUGCGAAGGAGAACGAGGAUGAAGCGGCAGAGAAGGAGAAGAAGGACAAGGAGGAGCUGGAAGAGUGGUCCGAGAUAAGGCUGGCCAUCGCGGAGCUCUCCCCGAUCAGCCACGGCAAGCUGUCGUCGUCACCUCCCACUCUACCCUUCCUCAGCAUCUCCCUGCUCCUCCUCCAGGUGCUCGAUAAGAUUGGUCCGACAAUGGCUGUGCUGCGGCUCGACGUCCAACGGAACAUCGAGAGGCUGCAGGAGUUAUACUUGCUGGACCCAUCUAAAUACUCCACUUUGACGGCGAUGGUGGAGAAAGAGGCCGAUGAGGGCACGGCAAGGAAGGCCGAUAGCUGUGCAAGAGCUGUACUGUGGCUCACUAGAUCCAUGGAUUUCACUGUUGCGCUGUUACAGAGACUGGAGGAUGAGGAGGGUUCUGAAAACCAGAGCCUUGCGCAGCUUGUAGAAGCUGCGUACAAGGUCUCUCUCAAGCCAUGGCAUGGCUGGAUUGCUUCGGCAGCAUCUAAGAUCGCAAUGAAGCUCAUCCCUGAGAGGAAGGUCUUUGUCGGAUGGCUUGUCGGGAAGGACCCGAGUCGCAGUGUUCUGAAGGACGAAAUCGAGAGGCUCAUCCCGCUGCUCCAGCCCUUCCUUGUCGACAUCCAUAACAUGCUGGCCAAGUUCAGACUGGACAGGCUGAAGUCGACAUGAAGGCGGAGCUAAAGAUGGUCUCAGUUUCCUGUGAAUACCACCUUGGUUUGUCUGUGUACAUAUUUGACUCUUUUGAGUUCCCCGUGUGCCUCACUCGGUAAAUAGGUCUUCUUGUAGGGUAGUAGAAUUUUAGAUUCGUAGUGACCUUGUGUACAGGUGCUGCCUAGGCAAUGUAUUUGACUAGUAUCUUUCUUAGAUUUAGUAAGUUCCACUUUUCACCGA